GAACCAGUCAACAGUCCACCGUGUCGCCUCGGUUUGGUGUGUUCUAAUUUUGGAACCACAAUCCCAGGGUUUUGCCGAAAUCGCCAUCCAGUCCACCCUCUGGAUAUUAAAACUAUUUAAUACAACAACGGCUAAUCCCUGUCGGGUACCCACCGACAGCGUAAAUUCAGGAACGACCGGAGCAACUCCAGGAAAAUGUCACUUUCGCUGACCGCAGUGCUACUACCGACGCUGACGGUGCUGCUGCUGCUUCAGCUGUUGCAGUGCGAGUGCAAUGUUAACGUAACAUCCGCUCCGCCGAAAAUCACUUCCGAGAAGGAUCUGGCAAAGUUGGCCUCCACGCUGAACCAGCAGAUGCAAACCGCGGAAAAAUUCCUCCACCGGCAGGCAGCGGAGGAAGCCGAACUAAAACGUUCCUUCAAGCAGUACUCCACCCGGACCGCCCGGCACGGUUGGAAUUCGCUGCGGACCCAGCGCCAAAACGCGGCCCGAAUUCGACGUGAUGCUGCCAGGCUACGCAACACGUCCGAGAGCAUUGAUCGUGCGUUCAGGAGACAAUUCGGCAGGCAAAUCAAUUUGAUGCAGAUCAAUGCGAAGCGAUAUGAGCGAAAUAAUGAUUUGACCUUGUCGAUUGAGAGGACUGUGGCGGUUUACAAACGGAUCGUUGAAUUGCUACUGAAUUUAAUCACCUGUCCGAUUGACAUAAUUAAUGCGCUCGGAGGUGUUAGUCAAAGCACGGAAAUACCAACGAGCACAACUGAUUUCUCUGGUGAAAUUACAGACGGCGAUGGUGCCGGCGGAGUAGGAGACGUAUACGGUGGUGGGGACUCGGCUUACGCAUAA